AUGGCAACCCGUAUCCUGUCGCGUCAAAAUCUGAGAAAGUUGGUUUCGCUCACACUCCAGAAUAUAUCCCAGAGGCAACUAAUUUCGCCAUACCCUCCAGCUCUCAGAUCUACUAUCGCUUCUCCCAGCAAAUUCCUCAGCCCCCUUUACCUGUCUGGGCAUUCAUUGGCUGUGAGAUGGGCAACCUAUGGAUCAGUGAAUCUAGUUCUGUCUGAUGAUGGAAAACCCAAGUUUCAAAUUGAGGAGGUGGAGCCCUCCACAAAGAGAAGGUAUUUGACAAAGAAGCGCUUGAAGGUUCAGAGGAAGAAGGAAAAGAAGAAGAGGAAGGAGGCAAAUAAAAAUGAUCCACGGCGCAUCAGGCCCAAGGGAAAGAAGAUAAAACAAAAAUUUCCCACACCUGAAGCUAGGCUCAAAUAUAAGAUCGAGAAGGCCAAACUAAAGGAAGCUAGGUUGGUCGAAAAACUAAAGAAGUAUGAGAUUGCCAAAGCUCAAGGCCCUAUGGCUAAACCAGAUGAUCUUAGUGGCGAGGAAAGAUUUUACUUGAAGAAGGUUUCACAGAAAAAAUCAAAUUAUGUCCCUGUUGGAAGGCGAGGAGUGUUUGGAGGCGUAAUUCUGAACAUGCAUUUGCAUUGGAAAAAACAUGAAACUGUGAAGGUCAUAUGUAAGCCCUGCAAACCAGGGCAGAUCCAGGAAUAUGCAAAUGAGAUAGCCCGACUGAGUGGCGGUAUCCCUGUCAACAUCAUUGGAGAUGACACCAUAGUCUUCUAUCGAGGAAAGAACUAUGUUCAGCCAGAAGUUAUGUCACCUAUUGAUACGCUGUCAAAGAAAAAGGCACUUGAAAAAUCAAAAUAUGAACAGUCGCUGGAGACAGUUCGGCGUUUCAUUGCAAUAUCUGAAAAGGAGCUCGAACUUUAUUAUCGGCAUGUUGCACUUUAUGGAAAUCCACAAUCCCAGAAAGCUGAUUUUGUUUGUGGUGAUGAUAGAGAAGCUUCUUUGCUUAAAAUGGGGGGAUUGGAUCAAGGGAAGGACCAAGAGCCUCAUCUGGCUACCAAUCAAUUUUCUGAUCUCCACAUCUGUGAUGUUUAUGAAUCUGAUGAAGAAGAUAGUUCCAGUAGUGAAUAUGAUGUUAAUGACGAUGAGACUGAAAGCAUGACCAGCAUUUCUGAAGACGCUGUUGUUUCUGAUCAUGACGAUUUAGCCAACUGGGGCGAAGUGUGA